UAGCGCACAGCCGUCCGCGUAAGACGCACGGAGUGACGCAACGCGAAAAAAAAAAAAACAUUCCAUAUUUUAUCUGUGAUAUUAUGUUCCAUAUUUAAAGACAAAACGAAUUAUUUAAAACAAUUCCAUUCAUAAAAUGUCCCGCGCCUCAGCUUUCAAAACGGUAUUUUAAAAAUCGAAAAUGACAAAAUACAAAUUAAACAACACCGUCCGAUCGUCUUCGGAAGUCACCCUGACGUCCUAUAUGUCCGGAAGUAUGGAGGGAAAGAAGGAAAACGUGUAUCAGAUACAAAUGGACCCGGAAAACAUUGGUUCGAACCAGACCUUAGACGCUAUAGAUGGUAAAUGCAACGUAUGCCCUAGUUCCUGUGACUACAAGGGGAAUCUGGCUGCGUCGUUAGAGAAACCCUGCAGCAGAUUUGGUUUGAAUGAAUUAAAAGUGGAGAAUUUAGAGGACGUGUGUCUGUGUGAGAAGUACAAUGGUGGGUGUAAACUGUGUCCACGGUCCAGCCCAGCGCCAACUCUUACCAUUAACCUGGAAGGUGGUCAAAAGGAGUGUCUCUCAUGCAACGGAAACUCCUUAUAUCCUAGUACAAAUGGUUCCUACCCCAGCGCCGGUUACCCAAAGAAGAGCAGAUGGAGAGGUGACGUUGCCAAGCGAGCUCGGGCUUGUUGCUCCAAGAAGACCCUACUACGAAGACUGCCCAUACUCGCAUGGCUCCCUAACUAUAAUCUAAGGAAUGGGCUGGCUGAUGCCAUUGCAGGUCUGACAGUCGGUCUGACGGUGAUUCCGCAAGCGAUAGCCUACGCGAACGUAGCCGGUCUACCUCCGCAGUACGGUCUAUAUUCCUCCUUCAUGGCGUGCUUCGUUUACACAAUAUUCGGCUCCGUCAAGGACUCAGCUAUCGGCCCCACGGCAAUAGCUGCUAUCCUUACGAGAGAAAACUUGCACGGUCUGGGUCCAGAGUUCGCUGUUCUUCUGGCGUUUUUGUCUGGUUGCGUCGAACUUGUUAUGGGCAUUUUACAAUUAGGUUUUCUCAUCGACUUCAUAAGCGGUCCAGUAUCGGUGGGCUUCACCUCAGCAGCGGCCAUCAUUAUUGCGACCACGCAGGUCAAGGACAUCCUCGGCCUGAGUUUCCCUGGUGGCAAGUUCCUUCAGGUGUGGUCCGGAAUUUACGAGCACAUCGGUGAAACGAGGCUGUGGGACACUGUACUGGGGCUGUCUUGUAUUAUCGUGCUGCUUUUACUUAGGAAAGUAAAAGACAUCAAGCUAACCGAGCCGUCAGACAGCUCGAGCGAGGUGGCGGGGGCGGGCGGGGCGGCGGGGGCGGGGGGUGUGAGCCGCGCGCGCGCCGGCGCGUCGCAGGCGCUCUGGUUCCUCUCCACCACCAGGAACAUCCUCGUCGUGCUGCUGUGCUCCGCGCUCGCCUACUACUUCGACACGAAGAACCAGACACCGUUUAUGCUGACUGGUACAGUUAAGCCAGGGUUGCCAGAAUUCUCUCCCCCUCCGUUCUCAGCGACGGUGGGUAACCACACCUACACGUUUAUGGAGAUGUCGUCAACGCUGGGAUCCGCCAUAUUUGUUGUACCUUUGCUAUCAAUUUUGGAAAAUAUCGCCCUGGCUAAAGUGUUCUCGGAAGGGAAACACGUGGACGCAACACAAGAGAUGAUAGCGCUGGGCGUGUGCAACAUUGUGUCGUCUGUUGUGGACUCUAUGCCGGUGUCGGGCGCGCUCUCCCGCGGCGCGGUGAACCACGCGUCCGGCGUCGCUACACCGGCCGGCGGACUCUACACUGGAGUUCUUGUGCUGCUGGCUCUACAAUAUUUCACGCCUUACUUCUAUUAUAUACCGAAAGCGUCGUUGGCAGCAGUGAUAAUAGCGGCUGUGGUGUUUAUGAUGGAGUUGCAUGUUUUCAAACCAAUAUGGCGGACGAAGAAAUUAGACAUAAUCCCAGCGGUAGUGACGUUUGCGACGUGUCUGUUGGUCCGCUUGGAGCUCGGGAUCGUGGCCGGGAUUGCGGUCAACUUGGUGUUCCUGCUGUAUGCCUCCGCCAGACCUUCUGUUCGGGUGUCUAGAGCUAUUUCGAGCGACGGCGUGCCGUACGUGCUGGCGACGGUGGACCGCGCGCUCGCGUUCCCGUCGGCCGAGUUCGUGCGGCGCGCGCUGCGCAAGGCGCCCGCCGACGCGCCGCUCGUGCUCGACGCGCACCACGUGCAGGCGGCCGACUUCACCGCGGCGAGGGGCAUAAAGUCGCUGAUCGACGACUUCCACGCGCGCGGGCAGACGCUGAUCUUCUACAACGUGAAGCCGUCCAUCGCGGAGGUGUUCCGCGGCGUGCGGCCGCGCGAGUUCCUGCUCUGCGCGCACCGCACCGACCUCGACCGCCUGCUGCGCAACCUCGCCACCGGCGCCAAGCAACCCACUUGAAACCAACCUCCGAUACGUGCAUGGUGUUUCCUCAGAGACGAGCGGACUUUGUUUCUAUUGAACUAUAUCGAAUUAUGAUAAACAUAACACUAAGAAACAGGGUACAAAGAGAGAUUAAAUGUUUGUGAUAAUUAAUAUUUAUACUUCCUAUCACAAUGUAUUGCUCUUUUUUAAAUAUUAAAAUUGUAAAAAAUAUAUUUUAAUAAUUAGUGAAAUAUAUGUAAGUAAAUUGAAUUGUAUGUAAAAUACAACUAUAUGUAAUAGAUAAUUUGAAUAGUGUGCGCAGUGUGAAGAGGCAAAAAAUCUUUACAGUAUUAUCUUAUUGUUGAUGAAUAAAGAUUUGGAAAGAUA